GAACUUGAUUCAAUUUUUGGUUUGGAUCAACGUAUGCCUACAAUGGAAGAUCUCUCAAAGAUGUAUUACACGGAAGCUAUAUUUAAGGAAUGUUCACGUCUCGUAAAUACUGCAAAAAUAACUCUACGCGCUUCCUCUUC